GGCCGCGAACAAAUUUCUGUCAGCCAACCCUCUUCGCUGCUGCGAGAUAUCUCAAGCAAUUUUGCACAUUUUUUUGCCUGCGCUGGUCAACACUGCUCCUACGCAACCAUGAAUCCGUGGAGAACGAUAUGCCAGCAGCUCCUCCGACCGUCCGCCCCGCCGGCUGCUGGACAGUUUAGGGUAGUUGGAACGUCCCGGGGUUGGAAUACGUUCACAGCUUCGAAUCACCAAAGAUUCGUUUCAAGGUCCAAGGCCUAUUCGAUCUACAGCAGGCCAGCUCGCCGGCUACGCAGUCCGGGCCACUACCAAUGCUCAUAUGGCAAUCCCGCGCAGCCACGACGGCCUUUCUCCGCGACCACAGCUGCUGCACAUGGCCAUAUUGAACCUCCAAAACCAGGCGAAGAGAUCAAUGUCACUUUUGUCGAUAAGGACGGCGAGAGGCAUGAUUUCCAGGUCGCCAAGGGAGAUAACCUGCUUGACAUCGCGCAAGCAAAUGAUUUAGAGAUGGAAGGAGCUUGUGGAGGUUCUUGUGCCUGCUCUACCUGCCAUGUUAUUGUUGAAGACCAGGGGAUGUACGACCGAAUGCCUGAGCCCGACGACGAUGAAAACGAUAUGUUGGACCUUGCCUUUGGGUUAACGGAGACCUCGCGACUCGGAUGCCAGGUGCAGAUGACGCCCGAACUGGACGGAUUAGUUGUGCGACUGCCCAGUAUGACCAGAAAUUUGCAAGCUAGCGACUUCGCGGAUAAGAAAUGAUUCCCCCUACCGCUUUACUCUCGACUUCAACAUACCCUUGAACAACGAGAGGAAAUUCGUCGUGUGCACGGGUUUUUCUUGUAAUACCAGCGUCGCCGGGAUUUUGAAAACUCCGGUGUGUCAGAUUUUGGAAAGAUUUAGAUUGCAAUGUGUAUUAUUAUAAAAUUCAACAACAAUAUCAAGAAUUUUCUUUUCUCAA